GUUCCUAUAAGGUGUCUGGAUGUGGCGGUCUUUUUCUCCAUGGAGGAGUGGGAGUAUGUAGAAGGACACAAGGAUCUGUACCAGGACAAAGUCAUGAUGGAGGAUCACCGGCCCCUCACAUCACAAGAUGGAGUCAUUGAUAGAAAUCCACCCGAGAGGUGUCCCCGCCCUCUGUAUUCCCAGGACUGUCCUGAGGGAAAUGUCCCUGAGAACCAUCAGGUUGAAGAUCAGAUUAAUAUUAAAGUUGACAUUAAAGAUAAUCCCGAAGAGGAGACGGAUUUCUGGGCCGAUCACCCUUGUACGAGGGAAGUGAGGGAGGAAAUUCCAGCAGGUGUUACCUCAGAAAAUUCCAGUAAGAAUUCUGAGGGAAACUUCAUGUUAUCCCUGAAUGAUAAAGGAGAAGAUGAAGAUAUGAUGGAGCGCUCCUCAGGAGAAGACCUCCUUACCCCUAAUGUCCAUCCAGAUCUAUCCUGUAAUAAUCCACCUGAUCAUGAGGAACCUUCUCCUGACCAACCACACAUUGUUACCACAAGGACAGAUCAGGAACAUGGGAAAGGUUUAUAUUGUGAGGAAUGUGGGAAAGAGUUUACAAGAAGAUCAAAACUUGUUAGACACAGAAAAAGUCAUAUAGGAAAGAAGCAGUACGUGUUUGAGGAACGGUGUAUAACACAAUCACAUCUUACUGUACAUGAGAGAAUUCAUACAGGAGAGAUGCCAUAUUCAUGUUCAGAAUGUGGGAAAUGUUUUAAAUGUAAAUCACAUCUUGUUAGACAUGAGAUAAUUCACACAGGAGAGAAGCCAUAUUCAUGUUCACAAUGUGGAACAUGUUUUACAAGAAAAUCAUCUGUUGUUAGACAUAUGAGAACUCACACAAGGGAGAAGCCAUAUUCAGAAUGUGGGAAAUAUUUUACAAGAAAAUCACAGGUUGUUAGACAUGAGAGAAUUCACACAGGAGAGAAGCCAUAUUCUUGUUCAGAAUGUGAGAAAUGUUUUAGAUACAAGUCAGAUCUUGUUAUACAUGAGAGAAUUCACACAGGAGAGAAGCCAUAUUCAUGUUCUGAAUGUGGGAAAUGUUUUACCUGUAAAUCACAGCUUGUUGUACAUGAGAGAAUUCACACAGGAGAGAAGCCAUAUUCAUGUUCAGAAUGUGAGAAAUGUUUUAGAAGUAAGUCAGAUCUUGUUAUGCAUGAGAGAAUUCACACAGGAGAGAAGCCAUAUUCAUGUUCAGAAUGUGAUAAAUGUUUUAUCAGUAAAAAACAGCUUGUUAAACAUGAGAGAAUUCACACAGGAGAGAAGCCAUAUUCAUGUUCAGAAUGUGGUAAAGGUUUUAUCAGUAAAUCACAGCUUGUUAUACAUGAGAAAAUUCACACAGGAGAGAAGCCAUAUUCAUGCUCAGAAUGUGGGAAAUGUUUUCUAAGUAAGGCAGAGCUUGUUACACAUGAGAGAAUUCACACAGGAGAGAAGCCAUAUUCAUGUUCAGAAUGUGGUAAAUAUUUUGCAAGAAAAUCAGAGCUUGUUAUACAUGAGAGAAUUCACACAGGAGAGAAGCCAUAUUCAUGUUCAGAAUGUGGAAAAUGGUUUAAAUGUAAAUCAUAUCUUGUUAUACAUGAGAGAACUCACACAGGAGAGAAGCCAUAUUCAUGUUCAGAAUGUGGUAAAUGUUUUAUAUGUAAGUCAAAACUUGUUAAACAUAAGAGAAUUCACACAGGAGAGAAGCCAUAUUCAUGUUCAGAAUGUGCUAAAUGUUUUAUAAGUAAGUCAGAGCUUGUUAUACAUGAGAGAAUUCACACAGGAGAGAAGCCAUAUUCAUGUUCAGAAUGUGGUAAAUGUUUUAUAAAUAAAUCAGAGCUUGUUAAACAUGAGAGAAUUCACACAGGAGAGAAGCCAUAUUCAUGUUCAGAAUGUGGGAAAUGUUUUGCAAGAAAAUCAGAGCUUGUUAUACAUGAGAGAAUUCACACAGGAGAGAAGUCAUAUUCAUGUUCAGAAUGUGGUAAAUGUUUUAAACAAAAUUCACAUCUUUCAAUUCAUAAGAGAAGUCAUACAGGAGAGAAGCCAUAUUCAUGUUCAGAAUGUGGAAAAUGGUUUAAACUUAAAUACUGUCUUGUUAUACAUGAGAGAACUCACACUGGAGAGAAGCCAUAUUCAUGUUCAGAAUGUGGGAAAUGUUUUAUAAGAAAAUCAUGUCUUGUUAUACAUGAGAGAAUUCACACGGGAGAGGAGCCAUAUUCAUGUUCAGAAUGUGGGAAAUGUUUUCUAAGCAAAUCAUGUCUUGUUAUACAUGAGAGAAUUCACACGGGAGAGAAGCCAUAUUCAUGUUCAGAAUGUGAGAAAUGUUUUAUGAGUAAAUCACAACUUUCCAGACAUGAGAGAACUCACACAGGAGAGAAGCCAUAUUCAUGUUCAAAAUGUGGGAAAUGUUUUACACGAAAAUCAAACCUUGUUAUACAUGAGAGAAUUCACACAUGAGAGGAACGAUAUUCAUGUUCAGAAUGUAGCAAAUGUUUUAGAAAUCAAUCCAAACACUGGAGACUGAUAGAUGAAAUAAUAAAUUAUAAAAAUCUAAUAAUAUGGAGAAUGGAAAUCUGAGAUCACAGGUAACAGUAAAAUGUGAUGUUUUUAAGUUCUGUUGUGAGAAUUAACCCCUUCAUGACCCAGCCCAUUUUCAUCUUCAUGACCUGGGCAUUUUUUGAAAAUCUGACCACUGUCACUUUAAACAUUAAUAACUCUGAUGCUUUUACUUAUCAUUCUGAUUCCGAGAUUGUUUUUUCGUGACAUAUUCUACUUUAUGUUAUUGGUAACAUUUCACUGAUAUUUGUAUCCUUUCUUGGUAAAAAAUCUAAAAAUUUCAUGAAAAUUUUGAAAAUUUAGCAUUUUUCUAACUUUGAAAGUCUCUGCUUGAAAGGAAAAUGGAUAUUCCAAAUAAAUUACAUAUUGAUUCACAUAUACAAUAUGUCUACUUUGUGUUUGCAUAAAACAAUUGACAAGUUUUUACUUUUGGAAGACGCCAGAGGCUUCAAAGUUCUGCAGCAAUUUUCCAAUUUUUCUCAAGAUUUUCAAAAUCGUAAUUUUUCAGGGCCCAGUUCAGGUUGGAAGUGGAUUUUAAGGGUCUUCAUAUUAGAAAUACCCCAUAAAUGACCCCAUUAUAAAAACUGCACCCCCAAAGUAUUCAAAAUGACAUUCAGUAAGUGUUUUAACCCUUUAGGUGUUUCACAGGAAUAGCAGCAAAGUGAAGGAGAAAAUUCUAAAUCUUCAUUUUUUACACUCGCAUUUUCUUGUAGACCCAAUUUUUUAA